UCUACUCAUGGCCUCCUCCAUCAACCCCACCCAUUUAUCUACUCUCACUCAACCAUUGGAGAAGGUCUGUACCCCCUUCUCAUCCAAAAUCCUACAAAAACCCUGCCGCCGCCAGCCGCCUCCCCGCCACUACAAAAAAUUCCACGGUCAAAGUGGCGGCGGCGGCAUCUAAGUAUCCGAUUUCCAACACCGGAUUUCAAAAAGAUGUACAUGACGUGGAUUUCUUCGGCUCAUACUUUAAUGAUGAAGGUCACAACGACCAUCUCCGGGAAGAGUGCGGCGUUAUAGGAAUCUACGGCGACCCGGAGGCCUCCCGCCUCUGCUAUCUAGCUCUCCACGCCCUCCAACACCGCGGUCAGGAAGGAGCCGGCAUCGUCGCCGUCCACGACAAUGUUCUUCAACACAUCAUAGGCGUCGGAUUGGUCUCAGUCUCUCAGACGUCUUCACCGAAUCCAAACUCGACCAGCUUCCCGGUGAAGUGGCCAUCGGACAUGUCAGGUACUCUACCGUCGGCUCCUCGAUGCUUAAAAACGUUCAACCGUUUGUCGCGAGCUGUAGGUUUGGUUCAGUCGGGGUGGCUCACAAUGGCAAUUUAAUAAAUUACGAAGCCCUGCGUGCGACCCUAGAGGAAAACGGGUCAAUUUUCAAUACGACCUCAGACACAGAGGUGAUUCUUCACCUCAUUGCUAUAUCAAAGGCCAGACCUUUCAUUCUUAGAAUUGUAGAAGCAUGUGAGAAGCUCGAGGGAGCCUAUUCUUUGGUGUUUGUGACAGAAGAUAAACUAGUAGCUGUUAGAGACCCUUUAGGAUUUAGACCAUUAGUAAUGGGUAGAAGGAGAAACGGGGCCAUAGUUUUCGCUUCUGAAACAUGCGCUUUAGACCUAAUUGAGGCCACAUAUGAGCGCGAGGUUCAUCCCGGUGAAGUUGUGGUGGUUGAUAAAGAAGGGGUUCACUCACUAUGCUUGAUGUCUCGCCCAGAGUCCUCCAAAUCAUGCAUCUUUGAGCACAUUUACUUCGCUCUCCCAAAUUCUGCCGUUUUUGGGAGGUCUGUUUAUGAAUCUAGACACAAAUUCGGACAGAUACUGGCAAUUGAAUCCCCCGUAGAAUGUGAUGUUGUGAUUGCGGUCCCCGAUUCCGGAGUUGUGGCUGCACUAGGUUACGCUGCUGAAGCGCAGGUCCCGUUCCAACAAGGGCUAAUAAGGUCACAUUAUGCUGGUAGAACCUUCAUUGAGCCGUCACAAAAGAUUAGAGAUUUUGGGGUGAAACUCAAGCUCUCGCCCGUCAAAGUCGUAUUAGAGGGGAAAAGGGUUGUGGUUGUUGAUGAUUCUAUUGUUAGGGGGACCACUUCGUCAAAGAUUGUUAGAUUGUUGAAGGAGGCAGGGGCUAAGGAGGUGCAUAUGAGGAUUGCAAGCCCUCCGAUCAUAGCGUCUUGUUAUUACGGGGUCGACACGCCGAGUUCAGAAGAGUUGAUAUCGAACCGGAUGAGUGUGGAUGAGAUUAGGGCAUUUAUCGGAUCAGAUUCACUUGCGUUUCUUUCGAUAGAUAGCUUGAAAAGGCAUCUGGGGACUGAUGACCAGAAUUUCUGCUUUGCGUGUUUUUCUGGGAAGUACCCGGUCCUGCCAACGGGAAAGGUGAAGAGGGUUGGGGAUUUUAUGGAUGAUGGGUUGAGUGGAAACAUGGGGUCUGUCGAUGGAGGUUGGUUUCACAAAACUAAGAUUCUGAACGAGGAUGAAGGUGAGAUAGCAACUGCCACAUUUUAACUCAUCAGUUUAAAUAAAUGAUUCUGAACUUCUUCAAGGAGGGUGUUUGAUGCUUUAAUGGGAUCCAUUCUGCCAACAUCACUAUUGUGUUUGAUAUUGCUGCAACUAUCGCAAUCCAGUGUCACAGUGAUGCUAGUUUACGGUGGUCCUAGUGGUUAGAAGUUGGAAGUAGAGAUAUCACUAAUCAGAUAACUCAGGAUAGAACUGGUUGUUUAGACUUUAGAGGCUGUUCCACAUUUGUUUUAACCCUUCCAUCUGAUUUGAUUCAUGUUGCACUAUAAGUCUAUAACCUUGUUUGAUCACUUUUUGUUUAAUACUAAGGUUUUAGAUGUGUUUUUUUAUUACGUAGUACUAUAAUCCGCCUUGAUGACUAUUGCUUGGAACCUGGAUAAUA